GUGCCAUAAUAGAAUAUACAUUAAUUUAUGUAUGUGUGUUGUUUAAAAUACUAAAGGUGCACCGCCAUCAAACUAAAAAAAAAGAACGUUAUCGAAAAUAAUUCAGCUUGAACAAUUUGGAAUGAUUAGCCGGACGCAUCAAUGACGUCAGACACCGGAGGAUUAACUUCCGGGUUGACGGCGAGACCUUCCACGCACGUGUCAACGCGCAACAUGUUGGAUUUUGUUACAAAGUCGUUUAUUGUUUAUUCCUGAACGCAAACAUCUGAAGGAGUUAUGUCUCCAAAAGGCAGCGAGGACGUGUUGUUGUUUACUCGCUAGCCAGUUAGCAUAGCCAAGCAGCUAGCUGGGUGUAGUUAGCAUAGCCAAGCAGCUAGCUGGGUGUAGUUAGCAUAGCCAAGCAGCUAGCCGGGUGUAGUUAGCAUAGCCAAGCAGCUAGCCGGUUGUGGUUAGCAUAGCCAAGCAGCUAGCUGGGUGUAGUUAGCAUAGCCAAGCAGCUAGCUGGGUGUAGUUAGCAUAGCCAAGCAGCUAGCCGGGUGUAGUUAGCAUAGCCAAGCAGCUAGCCGGGUGUUGUUAGCAUAGCCAAGCAGCUAGCCGGGUGUAGUUACCAUAGCCAAGCAGCUAACCGGGUAUAUUUAGCAUAGCCAAGAAGCUAGCUGGGUGUUGUUAGCAUAGCCAAGCAGCUAGCCGGUUGUAGUUAGCAUAGCCAAGCAGCUAGCUGGGUGUAGUUGGCAUUGCCAAGCAGCUAGCCGGGUGUAGUUAGCAUAGCCAAGCAGCUAGCUGGGUGAAGUUAGCAUAGCCAAGCAGCUAGCCGGGUGUAGUUAGCAUAGCCAAGCAGCUAGCCGGGUGUAGUUAGCAUAGCCAAGCAGCUAGCCGGGUGUAGUUAGCAUAGCCAAGCAGCUAGCCGGGUGUAGUUAGCAUAGCCAAGCAGCUAGCUGGGUGAAGUUAGCAUAGCCAAGCAGCUAGCUGGGUGUAGUUAGCAUAGCCAAGCAGCUAGCCGGGUGUAGUUAGCAUAGCCAAGCAGCUAGCCGGGUGUAGUUAGCAUAGCCAAGCAGCUAGCCGGGUGUAGUUAGCAUAGCUAGCAGCUAUCUGGGUGUAGUUAGCAUAGCCAAGCAGCUAGCUGUGUGUAACCAUGGCGCUGUACGCCAAGGCGGCAGAGAUCCUGGAGAAGGUGGAGCAGCAUCAAGGCGCGGUCAAGACGCUGGUGUACGCCAGCAAGUUCAGCAACAUCAAGCAGCUCUUCGCUCUGGUGUGUGAGACCAGGAAGUUCUCGGCCGUCCUGCAGGAGAUCAUCCUGGCCUCCAAGCUGCUGAAGAGCACCAAGAUGAAGAUGCACCUGGCCAAGGUGCUGGUCUACGACCUGCUCCUGGGCCAGGGCCUCAAGUGCGGCGGCUCCUGGAAGGCGCUGAUGAUGAAGCAGCGCUCCCGGCUGCAGGCCGAGCUGGCCCGCAUGAAGGUCCGGCAGAAGGUGAGCAGGAACGAGGACUUGCUGGCCAGCAGCACCAGGCAGUCCGAAGGAGACCUGCUGCCCAGGUACGCGCGUGUCAACACCCUGAAGACCACGGUGGAGGACGCCGUGGACUACCUAAAAAGGGAGGGCUUCUCCUACCGGGGUGAGGCCUCCACACUAGAUGAGCUCACCUUGAAGGGCCGGGAGUUUGUGAAGGACCUCCACCUGCCCCAGCUGCUGGUCUUCCCGCCCAAGACGGACUUCCACCAGCACUUCCUGUACAAGGCGGGACACCUCAUCCUGCAGGACAAAGCCAGCUGCCUGCCCGCCUUCCUCCUGGACGUGGCGCCCGGCAGUCACGUCAUCGACGCCUGCGCCGCCCCCGGCAACAAGAGCAGCCAGCUGGCCGCCGCCAUGGAGAACCGGGGCAAGCUGUUUGCCUUCGACCUGGACGCCAAGCGCCUGUCCACCAUGGCCACCUUGCUGCUGCGAGCAGGUGUCACCUGCCAACACCUGGCACACCAGGACUUCCUGCAGGUGGACAGCCAAGCUGACAUCUACCGGGAAGUGGACUACAUCCUGCUGGACCCUUCCUGCAGCGGCUCUGGCAUGGUGUGCCUGCAGGACCCUGGCUCCUCCCCCUCCACGCCCCCUGAGCAGCUGGAAAGUCGCUUGCGUGCGCUGGCGUCCUUCCAGCUGCGCUGCCUCAAUCACAGCCUGACUUUCCCCCGCCUCAAACGUGUGGUGUACUCCACCUGCUCCACCUACCGCCAGGAGAACGAGGACGUGGUCUCUGCCUGUCUGCAACACAACCCUGCCUUCAGGUUAGUAGAUGUGUUACCAGAGUGGCCUGAGCGUGGUCUACAUCCAGUGAGUCAGUGUGUACGUGCCAGUGUCAGCAAGACACGCACACAAGGUUUCUUUGUGGCCGUGUUGGAGAGAUGCCAUCCAGCAGGUCAUGUGACUCCACCUCUCCAAAUAAGACUAGUGGAUGAGAGGUGUGUCAGCCAUCAAGGUGAUGACAUCACAGCUGCACCACACAACAACAAGACUAAGAAGAAGAAGAAGAAGAAAAAGAAAAUAGCUGAAGAUGAUCAGUGAUUGGACCGAGUGCAGAAGGCGAAGCUUAAUCUAUGGCAGACUUGGACUGGAGAGCCCUGUGAUGAGGUGGUGACUUGUCCAGGGUGUACCCCACCUUCCACCCCAAUGCAGCUGGGGUAGGCUCCAGCACCCCCCGCCACCCCGAAAUUUAGAAAAAACUGCAAUAAAAUGUACUUUGCUUUCAAAUAUUUGAAUUACACAAUCCAAUCUUUUUAGAGAGUCUACUUAGUUGAAAUAAAAGAUAUAAGAAAUAAAAUAAAAUAUAUAAAAACAAAAUAUAAAAUAGGUUGAUUGGCAACACUAAAUGGUCCCUAGUGUGUGAAUGUGAGUGUGAAUGUUGUCUGUCUAUCUGUUGGCCCUGUGAUGAGGUGGUGAUUUGUCCAGGGUGUAAACCGCCUUCAGCCCGAUUGUAGCUGAGAUAGGCUCCAGCGCCCCCCGCGACCCCGAAAGGAAUAAGCGGUAGAAAAUGGAUGGAUGGAAGAUAUAAAAAAUAUAUAAAACAAGAUAUAAAAAAUAAAAUAUAAGAUAUAAAAACAAGAUAUGAAAAAUAAAAUAGAUAAAAAGGAGGGACCAGCAGGGUCAGCUGCACCUGGCAGAGGACAGCCAGUGAAGGACCACACCCCACGUGGGCAGAAAGGUGAGACGCCCCACAACUGGACGGGAAGACCGCCCCCGUACUCCGGAGAGCAUGGCGGGUCCACCCCAGAACACCACAUCAAAGUCAGCCACCCCAGGACCAUGGGAACCACCGACCCUACCUGCAGGGACCCCAACCAUGGAGAUGGAACAUCCAGCAACUGCCCUGUCAAAUCCUCCCCCGACAUACAUAUGUACAUAUAUACGUAUGUAUGUAUGCAAUGUAAACUAAUACAUAUGUACCGUAUGUAUGAGUGACAGUGUAACAUGCAGAGGUAGAGUGAGUGCAUGUAUUUAUAAACAUAUGUAUACACACGUUUAUACAUAUGUAUACACAUAUAUGUAUAUACAUAUGUAUACACGUGUAUACAUGUGUAUGUAUAUGUAUAUAUAUAUAUAUGUAUACAUAUAUAUAUAUAUAUAUAUAUAUAUACAUAUGUAUACACAUGUAUAUACAUAUAUGUAUAUAUAUAUAUGUGUACAUAUGUAUACACAUGUAUAUACAUAUAUGCAGUGUUGGGUUAGUUACUGAAAACCAGUAACUAGUUACAGUUACUAGUUACUUUAUUUCAAAAGUAACUCAGUUACUUACACCAAAAAGUAAUGCGUUACUGUGAAAAGUAACUAGUUACUUCUUUUUUUUCUUCUUUUUUUUUUUAAAUCUCCCAUUAAUGCCCUUUUAGCCUUCAUUUCAGUACUGUUAUUGCACUGGAGAAUAAUACAAUCUGUUGAUCAACUUGACAUGCAUUUUUAUUUUCCUUUUAACAUAAUGAAAAACAGUGCAACAUAAAAAGGCAUUCCUCCUUUCUUUAAACUUGGACCAAUGACCAUUAAUAAAAAACAACUUAAAGUGCAACAUAAGAAAGCACAUCAUCUUCCUUGAAAGAUAGGUAGUGAAAUAAAGCCUGACAUCUGGAGUGAUGCUGCUGUCUUCCACACUUGGAGCCAUGGAUUGUAGAAUCCUUGUUUUCAGUGGCAGGAUCAGUGACACAGAUGGUGAAGUUUCAGUGCUCAGUAGAGAUGUAACAGUUUUGAGGGGUUUAAGCACCUGGAGGACCUCCUCUGCCACUCUCACAUCAUCAUCAGAGAGGGUGAUGUCUUUGACAUUUGUCUUCAGGGUGUUGUGGGUCAAUGCAGAGUAUAUAGCUGCCUGCUGCUCCAACACAUCAUAAGUGGAGUUCCACCUCAUUGGGACAUCAUGUAUGAGUUUUAUGAGUAGUCAGCUUUAGCAUUUCUUGCUUUGUCUUAAACACAUGAGCAGCUGUUGUGCUUGGGUGGAAGUAGGAAACCUCCUUCCUGAUCCUCCCAAGGAGGCGCUCCAUCCUAUUGACUGAGAUGUGAUGCCAAAUUCACUACAUGUGCAAAGCACCUAUCUGUGGUCCCAGUCCUGCCUCAUUCUCUGUAAUUAUUUGAUUUUUGGCAUUAUCACGUGUGACUGGGAUAUCUUUAUCUUCCAUUCCUCCACUGCUUGUGUCAGUACCUGCGCAAGGUGACUCUCGUAGAGGGGGCGUGUCUUCUCAUCUCCUAGUCUGCUGUGAUGAAGUGAGCGCUUAUAGUUCCCCUGGACGUCCACCCGUCUGUCGUGAGCGCAACAGAUGAUGCUCGGGAUAGUUCAUCCACAACUUUUUUGUACUCCUGCUCAUAAAGAUCUGGCACAAUCUUAUCGCUGAAGUAGGUGCGCGACGGGGUGUCGUAACGUGGCUCAAGCACGUUCAGCAUGUGUUUAAAACCCUCGUUUUGCACAACGGAGUCUGCACCUAUAAACACACCGAUUCAAUGGCGCAGGGCGUUCAAGCUCCUCCGUUACUCCGCUCGCCAUGACCGCGCUGUGUGUGGACUGAACGUGCCAACAACUUCUUUUUUUUUUGAUGAGGUGGCGACUUGCCGCCUUCCGCCCGAAUGCAGCUGAGAUAGGCUCCAGCACCCCCCGCAACCCCAAAAGGGACAAGCGGUAGAAUAUUGGAUGGAUGGAUAUCAAACCGCGGAUCACGUGUGUCCCUCCCCUCCCCACACACGCCUCUUUUCUUCUCUCCGGCGUGUGACAGAGGAAGAUUCAGAAGAACGACACCGCAGCGCUUGUUUCUAGUCGAUACUAAAAAAUAACGUAAAAUAACGCAGUAACGCAUCAUGUAGUAACGGUAACUGAGUUACUGGAUAUAAAAAAUAACGCGUUAGAUUACUCGUUACCGCCGAAACUAACGGCGUUACAGUAACGCGUUACUUUGUAACGCGUUAGUCCCAACACUGCAUAUAUGUAUAUAUAUAUGUGUACAUAUGUAUACACAUGUAUAUACAUAUGUAUGC